CCAACCAGAAUAUCAUCUGAUCAUCUGUCAAUUUGUCAAAGAAAGACAACCUUUAUUGUGAAAACUGUGUUUUUGCGUUCAUGUUAUUAUGUUAACAAAUACUUGCAAUUAAUUUUUUUGGUGUCGUUUCAUUGGUACAAGAUUCAGACUGAAUUGUUUAUAUCUAACUUUUCCCCGUGUAUUUUAAAAAUUAUAUAGUUUUUAUAGUCUGUUUUGCAACUGUGCUUUUCAAAGUCAAAAAAGGCUAACAGAUUGAAUAAGAUUACGAUGGCUUCUUACAGAAUGGAUGUUAACAAAGUAUGCUGCAAUCAGCAUCCGGACGCUCCCCUCAUUGAGGAUUAUAGAGCUGGUGAUCAGAUUUGUUCUGAAUGUGGUCUUGUUGUAGGUGAUCGUGUGAUAGACGUUGGUUCAGAAUGGCGAACCUUCAGUAAUGAGAAAAAUGGAGUCGACCCUUCUCGUGUUGGAGGUCCUGAGAACCCACUGUUGAACGGAUCUGAUCUCUCUACAAUGAUUGGACCGGGCAGGGGCGAUGCUUCGUUUGAUGAAUUUGGUGUAUCCAAAUACCAAAAUCGUCGUACUAUGAGUAGUUCAGAUAGAGCAUUGAUCAACUCAUUCCGUGAGAUCAACAGCAUGGCAGACCGCAUCAAUCUGCCUAAGACGAUUGUCGACCGAGCAAACAACUUGUUUAAACAGGUUCAUGACGGCAAAAAUCUCAAGGGAAGAGCCAAUGAUGCGAUCGCUUCUGCCUGUCUGUAUAUAGCUUGUCGUCAGGAGGGUGUUCCUCGUACUUUUAAGGAAAUUUGUGCUGUCAGCAAGAUCAGUAAGAAGGAGAUUGGAAGAUGUUUCAAGUUGAUUCUGAAGGCUUUGGAGACCAGUGUGGAUCUCAUAACAACAGGAGACUUCAUGUCAAGAUUCUGUUCUAAUUUGGGACUACCCAACAUGGUGCAGAGGGCAGCCACACACAUUGCCAGGAAGGCCGUAGAGUUGGACAUUGUGCCUGGUCGGUCACCCAUCUCUGUAGCAGCUGCUGCUAUCUACAUGGCCUCUCAGGCCUCAGACGACAAAAAGUGUCAGAAGGAGAUCGGAGACAUAGCAGGUGUGGCGGAUGUCACAAUCAGACAAUCCUACAAACUGAUGUAUCCCCACGCAAUCAAACUGUUCCCGGAAGACUUCAAGUUCUCUACUCCGAUCGAACUUUUACCUCAAAUGUAAAUUUGUGUUCAAUUUGAGACCUAAGGACUUUGGUAGGUUUUUUAAUUAUGUGUACGAUUUUUUCCAUGUUGCACAUUCGCAAAAUGUUUGUAUUAUAAUAAAAUAUUUCGUUUUGUAAGUUGUU